AUGGAGCUUUUCCACCUACAUAUUCACGCAGGGCUUAACUGGCUUCCACAUUUCGAAAUCAAUGGAUGGAAUUCUCUUGAUGAGCAAAUCAAGUUGGGCAAUAUCACUCGCAAGAUUCGAGUUAAGAAAAAGACUGAGUAUUUGUCAUUCACAGAUUGUAAGGUUUGUCAGCAAAAAGGACACUUUGAUAUUAUAAGAAAGUAG